AUGGCAACGUUUAAAGGCGCUGCGAAGGAGGCGCAACGAGCAAUGUUGUUAAUGAAGCAACGUGAAAAGGAAAGACAGGAAUUAGAACUGCAGAAGAAACGAUUGGAGGCAGAAAUGCGUGUUGGGGAGAUAUCUACGAAAUUUGCUGUGCAUUAUGAUGCGAUAGAGCAACAAUUGAGGACCGAUACUAUUGGGCUGGUUACCCUGGACGAGAUGAAGGCCAGGCAGCAGGCAUUCAUGACUCAACGGGAAAAGGAGCUCGCUUUAGGUGGUUCGAAAGGAGCAAACAAAGGUGGUCAGUCGGGUGCUGAUAAAAAAACGAAGCUACAACCGAGUUUGUUGUCUUUUGCAGAUGAUGAAGACGUUGAAGCUGACGAUGAGGCAGACUGUAAACCGGUAAAAGUCGAUCCAACUAAAUCUGAGUCAAGCAACUCUGUAGUAGAAUCUGAGGAAGCUGACCCGGAUGCCAAUCAGACAGCAGAAGAGAUUGCGACCAAGCGGCGUCGACUGGGGAUGAACCCUACGGUGGAUACGAGUUUUCUGCCGGAUGUGGAUCGGGAUGCUGAGGAGAAGCGACUUCGUGAUGAACUUCGACAACAAUGGGUAGAAAAGCAGGCAGCAAUCAAAGAAGAGGAGAUAAGCAUCACCUACAGUUACUGGGAUGGAUCCGGUCACCGGAAACAAGUCCGCAUGAAGAAAGGUCACACAAUCCACCUCUUUCUCCAUCGUUGUCUGGAACAACUUCGUAAAGAGUUCACUGAGCUAAAGUCAGCCACCGCCGAUCAACUGAUGUACAUCAAGGAGGACCUCAUCAUUCCACAUCACUACACUUUUUACGAUUUCAUCGUGACCAAGGCCAGAGGCAAAUCUGGUCCACUAUUUUGCUUCGAUGUACGUGAUGAUGUUCGGCUUCGUAUGGAUGCGAGUGUAGAAAAGGAGGAAUCUCACGCAGGCAAAGUUUGUUUGCGAAGCUGGUAUGAAAGGAACAAGCACAUAUUUCCAGCCAGUCGGUGGGAGCCGUACGACCCGGCAAAAAACUGGGAUCAGUACACCAUUUCGGACAAAAUGGCGGCCAAAAUCACAAUCAAAUGAUUUUUACCUGUAUAUUCUACUCGGAGCAUAUGUUUUUUGCACUUUGGACCCCCUGCAACGUGUGCUGGCUGUCUUAUCUUCAUGUUUAGGUUCUUUGGUCGAGCUACGCAUAAACCCAAUUGUUUGCACUGGAGUUUUCAAUGCCCCUUAUGUUUAUAUUCCUAACUUGGUCGUAGUUUGUAGGUAAUACUGGAAUUUCCAACUCCAUUUAGUCGACCUUUUGUGUAUUCAUCCCCACUUAUCUACCCAACUUGGUGCCAUGGUUUAAUGAACAUAAAAUUAAUGCGCGUUUGUCAAAGCAAGACCAUGUGCUCAGACCCCUCACGACGGGUUUCCAGACGUCGUAGCUGUUAAUUUGUCACUGCAUUGCUGCAUUCAAUUAGUUGACUGUACGGACCGUUUUAAUGAUCUAUG